CCGGUGAUUCCGUUUAUUGUGGCAACAGUUCCCGGCAACUGCUCGGGUGCCCAGCGCCUCCUGCCGAGCCUUUAAGUGCUGGAGGUGGAAGAGGCGGAGGCGCUGGGAGCAGGGACCGAGGUGUAGGGCGCGGGUUGCUGGGGCGCAGGAACACGGCCGCGAGCGCGCGGGGGCGCACGGCGGGGCCCGGCCGGAGGAGCGCGCGGCGCGCAGCAUGGGCUGUGGACCUUCCCAGCCUGCUGAGGAGCAGAGCUUUGUCCCCGCGCCGAGGAAGGGCUGGGAAGAGGGAUUCAAGGCUGAUGUGAAUGUGGCUCAUUCUGGGGAGAACUGCAGACCCCAGCUUGAGGCUGCCCUGCACGAGGACACUGUGGGUGGCCCCGAAGGCCUGGAAAAACAGGUCCAGUUGGAAAGCUUACCCGGAACCAUUCCAGAGAGUUCCCCAUCUCCUAUUGGAAGGAACAGAAGAAUAAAUUUAGACUUAACAACCAAUGGAUUAAUCCAUAAACCGCAACCCCUAGAGAAUCGAGAGCAACAAAAGUCAUCAGACAUCCUGGAGGAAUUAUUUGUUCAAGGAAUAAUACAAAGCCACAGCAAAGUAUCUAGAAAUGGAGAAUCAUACGAUGUCACGGUGACCAUGACUGAAAAGCCACUGAGAAAGCCACCAGCCAGGCUGAAAAAACUCAAGGUCAAAAAGGAAGUAACAGAUUUCACAAUGAAGGACAUAGAGGAGAAGAUGCAGGCGGUGGACGAGCGCAGGAAGACAAAAGAAGAAGAAAUGAGAAAGAGACUACGGGGUGACCGACUUCUGCCCCCCGCCAAUCAUUCAGAUUCAGCUGACCCGGGUGGGGCUGAGGUUCCAUUUGCCAAAGGACUUAACCCUGUGAGUUCUGCCAUGUUUGAGCCGUGGGACCUGCAGGGAGGAAAGCCGUUGAAAAGAAAGAAGAGCAAAAGUGAUGUGACUUCAAAUGAUAGAGACUACAGUUAUGAAGGUAUUGGCAUCGUGGAGUCAGACAUGUCCUACAACCAAGAAGAGCUCAUAUUCUAAUGAGCCAUUUAUGUGAAUUCUGUGAAAAAGCAUCCAUUUCCCCCAGUCAUGCCAGGCUUUGUAUGUCUUAUCUUUUUCUUUGACUGCCUGGCUGCAUGGGCUAGUUAGCUGAGUAAAUUAAAUGGCUAAUGGUUCUGCUAGCUUCACAAAAAGGAAGAUUCGACUACUUUUGAUAUUAAAAGUUGGCUUCAUACAUUGUGAAGAUGUCUUUAUUAGUACCUCCAGCUUACAUUAAUGUGUUUGUGCCCAAUGAAACCCUUCCUUUUUGCUCCUGCCCCUUGGCUGUGUCCACCCUCUGAGGGUCCUGUAAGACAAAUUGCAUGGAUCUUGUCAACUGAUGGCCAUUGGCACCAAUUCAAUUCCAACAGGAAUUCCAAAUUUGGGGUGCAGUAAGAAGGAAACUUUAUUCAGUGCAAAAGGGCUCAACUGUGAUACAUCACGGCUAUGAGAAUAGCAGGACUCUGAGGCAGCCCUGGAGCCAGGCCCUCUCCAGCUAGACAGCUCUGUCCUGCUCCUUGCUGGUCUGCUCACUGCUGUGCUGGUCUGCUCCACUGUGCUUUGGUUUGCUCUGGCUAAUUCGGUUUCUACCCCAUCUUCAGUCUUUGGUGGAAAGAGAAUGAGCACUUUCAGAGCCACAGAGGAGCUGGCUGAUAAGGACAGAAGUCUCCUCCCCUAGUCCCUGAUUGGUCUGUCCUCAUGCAAAUGAAUACACCAUAUCUUUGCAAUUUGAUUGAUCCAAAAGGCACUGUCCUGCUUGGGCAGAAUAGGGCCACUCUGGUUGGUCAGAGCUGCACAGCUCCACUUUGUUGGGGAAAGCUUCAGUCCUAUCCUAUAUAAUAAAAGGCUAAUAUGCAAAUUGACCAAAUGGCAC